AGACUGGGUUUCCCAACGUAGCAUUGUGGAGUAUUGUAUAAAUGUUAAGUACAAGAAUACAAGACGCUUUUACCUUGACAUAGGAGUGCGAGUUCAUCGUUAUCUCUUACUAUUAGAUUCGGAUUGGUUCCGUUUCGCCAUGAGACCCUUUGAGACCUUAAGAGACCUGUGCCAUGGCCAACCCAUGUUGGAACAGGUGUGCUUGAAUUGGAAAUCGAUCCUUGGCACAGGAUUGGCCAUUUACAUCGUGACCAAGCUGGCCAAACGGCUUUAUCAGCGUCGCAUUGCUUUGGGCAAGAUCCGAGGUCUUCGAGAGCGAAUUGCUGCCAAGAAGUUGGCAAUGGUCGAGCGAUUAUCCCAGAAGGCUUCCCAGGACCCUGGUCAUGGCGGGAGUUCGGCUCUGGUGACCCGUGAGCGAUUGGAAAUCAUCAGCAUGCCUCUGGAACACCUUCUGGACCAAUUGAAAGGUGGCCAAUUGAAACCCAUUCAAGUUUUGGAGGCCUUUCAAGCCAGGGCUUUGGAAGUGACCGAAGAACACAACUGUGUGUGCGAUUUCAUUACUGAGGCCCGAGAUUGGGCCUUGGCAUUGGAAUCCGUGCCCGGAGAUCAACGAGGACCUCUGUACGGUCUUCCCAUGAGUAUCAAGGAAUGCUAUUUUGUCAAAGGUUAUGAUGCUACCGUGGGAUUAAGUCGAUUCAUUAACCAACCUUUGCCGGCGGAUGCCUCCAUCAUCCAACAUCUCAAGGAGCUUGGAGCCGUUCCAUUUUGUUUGACCAAUGUUCCACAAACAAUGAAGAGCUAUGGAUGUUCCAACCCCGUGUUUGGUGUCACCACAAACCCUUGGGACAAAACUAGAUCCCCGGGUGGAUCAUCGGGUGGAGAGGCUUGUCUCCUCGCUCUGAAUGGAUCUCCCUUGGGCAUUGGAAGUGAUGUGGGUGGAAGUUUAAGAACCCCUGCCCAUUUUUGUGGUGUAGUUGGGCUCAAACCCACGACCGGAAGAAUCUACCAAGAGGGACGAAAACCAGGAUCAGAGGGAUUUUUGGUGGGCAUCAACUCCAAUGCUGGUUUCAUGUCCAAAAAUGUGGAUGGCAUUGCCCUCGGGAUGAAGGUCUUGUGUAAUGAGACAAAAACGAUGUGCGACAGGGAUCACAGAGUUGUUCCAGUGCCUUGGAACACUCAAUUGGCUAAACCUAAACGGAAACUGAAAUUUGGAUGGUAUGUGGAUUCGCCCAAAUUGCCAAUUUCACCCGGAUGUCAGCGUGCCGUCAAGUUGGCCGCUAACCUACUUGAAAAGGAUGGUCACACUGUGGUUCCGUUCCAUUUGAAGCACCUUCAAGAUUUGUACUACAUCUAUAUCGAUCACAUCCUAGCCGAUGGAGGGGUCAAUGCUAUGGCCUGGUUAGACGGUGAUAUCAUUGACAAGUCAAUCUCAAUUAACUACUUGGCUUGGAGCACACCAGAAUUCCUACGAAAAACCCUAAUCUGGGCGUUCAUUGCCGCCCGAUCACCCGAUAUUGCCUCUUAUGCUAUCCGAGGGGUCACAAAGACCUAUCAACUUUGGCGGUCCAUGAAAAAGGCGAUCGAUAUUAAGACCGAAAUUUUGGACGACAUGCGUAAGCAAGAGAUUGACAUCCUCUUGGGACCCGGAUUCAACUUCCCCGCAGUCCCGGAGGACUAUCCGUCUCAACUCAUUUCUGGGGUGUUUGUCCCGGGUAUCUAUAAUGUCUUGGACUUCCCUGCGGGCGUCCUUCCCGUUACCAGACAGACCAAGCAAGAUCAGGAUCUCCUGGCAACGACUUAUUCCUCGUCGGACCAUACUCAUCAUUUGGUACGAACUAGUAUUAGCAACGCUACAAACAUGCCGAUUGGAAUUCAAGUGAUUGGCAAACCUUGGGAAGAGGAAUUGGUCAUCCACGCCAUGUCGGAAAUUGAGCGUUUGCGUACUGAAGGCGGUCAUUUUAAGCUGUAAUUCUUAGUACGCCCCAAAAACAUGUGUCUUAGUUUUCAAUUCAUGCAGUUUUUACUUGAAAUACAUCACCUGUACAGACUUAGGAAAUGCAAA